AUAGAAAACAGAUGGAUUCUCAUCAGCACUGCAUUCAGCCCAGCAGGACGGGACACACUGGCUUCCGGGAGCCAUGCUCUACAUGAGGGUGCAGAUGAGAGACAAGGAGGCUCUCGCAUAGGAGAACAGCUUUGACCCCGCGGACCCCGAGGGUGGCCAGGCCAUACCUUCAGAACUGCUCCCUGGAUGUGCCUUCCCCAAGCCACGCUCCCACCCGCAGUCUUCCUGGGUGACUGCUCACCAGGAGCAGAGACCGGUGCAGGCUGCCUCAGGCGAAAAGGGCAAGACCCUCGUGGAACCCCGAGCAGGGCACAGCCUGGCCUGGGAGGCCUGCAUGCCCUCAGGGUCAGCUCCAUGUGUCCCCUCACCUCGGCACGCCCAACCCCAGGUGGCCUGACCCCUGGCUUAGUACUCAGCUUCAGGCUGUAACUGGGCCCCAGGGCCACUCCCAAAGAUGGUGAGCCUGAGAAUGUGGGUUUCCCUGGUCAGACAUGCUGAGGGCCCCCUGGGCAUGGGCACGGAGCUCAGAGGCCACAAGCUCCCGUGACCAGCAGACCAGGUACAGAGUCCUGACCUCAGGCAGAGGGUACCCGCCUUUCCUCAGCCCUCCUCAGUGCAGACACCUGAAGGCUCAGACUGAGUGGCCCUAUAUCCCCAGCCCCUCACGGAGCUAUCCUGAGGCGCCCCUGUGGGUCCAGCCUACUCCCAGCUUCCUCCUUCGUCUUCCUCCUGACCAUUCCUUGGUGCCUGUUUAGCUCCCCUCCACCCACCUGUCCUAGUAGAAUAGACCUCAGAGACCUCAUCACACAUGCCACAAACACUGUAUGGGGAAGAGUCUGUUCUGUGCCAGGUGCUGGGAGGCAGAAGUAACCAGGACAGGGUCCCUGCCUUAAAGAGAUUUGCUCUGUGUUGGAAGAGACAAAGCAGGACCACAGUAGCAAGCCCAGAGCAAACAAAAGCAGAGCUAUUUUCACAGAGCAAGCGGGGCACGGUGGCUCACGCCUGCACUCCCAGCACUUCAGGAGGCUCAGGCGGGAGGGUUGCUUGAGCCUAGAAGUUCAAGGCUGCAGUGAGCUGUGAUGGCGCCGCUGUGCUCCAGCCUGGGUGACAAAGCGAGACCCCGUCUCUCAAAAACAAAAUGGCAGAUGCUUUCAUCCAGGGCCUGGCUCCUCACUGUCUGGGGGCUCAGGGCACAUCUUGGAAGAAGCCUUAUUAUGGCCUAAAUUCAACUCAGUGGAGAAGUUGGGCAGAUGGGAUGAGGAGGGGACAGUGUGCGGAGGCCCUCCCAGCAGGCUUCAGACAGCCCAGGAGACACUGCAGGGUCCACUGGGAAUGGGGGCCCUGGGAGGUCCCUAGAGGGAAAGUGGUCACGUGUGCAUGGACCUGCUGGACCGGGUUCCCACGCUCACCUGCCCCACCUGCCGCCUCUGUCAGUGCACACCUGUCUUCCAGGUCAUUCAGCGCCUGCUUAGUGUCAUGCUCUCCCCCACUGUCCACUCCUGGGGGUGCAGGGCUUGUCCGGCUGGGCACUCACUGGGCACUGCAGGUGGGGCACAGGCCCUGGCACGGGGAGGCUGGGUGAAGACUGCUGAGCAGAAUGGGGAGAGGGCCUGACAGCAGGCUGCCAUUAUGGAGCAGGUGUGCUUCCGGGCCUGCAUCUGAGCAAAAGCUCGGGGAGCAGCAUGUCCGGGGCCCUCUGGCUUGGCAGGUGGUGAUGGAGAUGGAGGACCAGCCAGGCGGGGCCCUGUGACCGUCCCGGGUGAGGGGCCUCUGGAUCCCUGAAGCAUUGCCCUUCUGCUGUCUGAUGCUGUGAACUGAUGUCCGGGUGUGUAGGGGCAGGGGGCCCAACUGCAGUCUGGGCAAGAGGUGGUUGGGUGGCUGUGAGGCCCAGGGGCGUGAGAAAGGGGUCAGGAAUCCCACUCCGUUGUGCUGGCCUCUUACUGAGAGGGGCCUGGGGAGGUGGGAGUAGAGAAGCCUCUGGCUGGCAGGGGAGUUGCCUGGGGCCUGGUGCCUGGAGGUCAGAGAGAGGAGCGGGUCAGCAAGGAGCUGGGCACAGUAGCCAGAGAAGAUGGUGUGGGGAGGACGCAGCAUGCUGUUGGAGCAGGGAGCCGGGGGCAAGCCAGCACCAUGGCACUGACCUGUGCCCCAGAGACAGAUGCUGCAGCUGCUGGGACGGUCCCAGUCCAGCGGAUGCCAUCAAGGGGUGUUGCCUCCUUGGGCAGAGGGCAUCACCAGGCGCUCUGUCUUCCUCUGCAGCUGGUGUAUCCAAAUGACUUCCGGCUCACAGACAAGGAGAAAAGCAGCAUCUGCUACCUGUCUUUUCCCGACUCACACUCAGGCUGCCUUGGAGACACUCAGUUCAGCUUCCGCAUGCGCCAGUGUGGAGGGCAGAGGAGCCCCUGGCAUGCCGACGACAGGCACUACAACAGCAGGGCCCCCGUGGCACUGCAGAGGGAGCCGGCGCACUACUUCGGCUAUGUGUACUUCAGGCAGGUGAAGGACAGCUCUGUGAAGAGGGGCUACUUCCAAAAGUCUUUGGUGCUGGUGUCCCGCCUGCCCUUUUUCCGGCUGUUCCAGGCGCUGCUAAGCCUCAUCGCCCCUGAGUACUUUGACAAGCUGGCGCCCUGCCUGGAAGCAGUGUGCAGUGAGAUCGACCAGUGGCCGGCGCCUGCACCUGGGCAGACCCUGAACCUACCUGUCAUGGGCGUUGUUGUCCAGGUGCGCAUCCCAUCCAGGGUGGACAAGCCUGAGUCCAGUCCUCCGAAGCAGUGUGAUCAAGAGAACCUGCUGCCAGCCCCAAUGGUUCUUGCUAGCGUCCACGAGCUGGACCUGUUCAGGUGCUUCCGGCCUGUGCUGACUCACGUGCAGACACUGUGGGAGCUUGUGCUCCUCGGGGAGCCCCUGCUGGUCCUGGCACCCUCGCCCGACGUGUCCUCAGAGAUGGUGCUGGCCUUGACCAGCUGCCUGCAGCCCCUCAGGUUCUGCUGCGACUUCCGUCCCUACUUCACCAUCCAUGACAGCGAGUUCAAGGAGUUCACCACACGCACGCAGGCCCCACCAAACGUGGUCCUGGGAGUCACAAACCCUUUCUUUAUCAAAACACUCCAGCAUUGGCCCCACAUCCUCCGAGUCGGGGAGGCCAAGAUGUCAGGAGACCUUCCUAAGCAAGUCAAGCUGAAAAAGCCUUCAAGGUUGAAGACCCUGGACACUAAGCCAGGCCUCUACACUGCGUACACAGCCCACCUCCACCGCGACAAGGCGCUGCUUAAACGGCUGUUCAAGGGCGUGCAGAAGAAGCGGCCAUCGGAUGUACAGAGUGCCCUGCUGCGGCGGCACCUCCUGGAGCUCACCCAGAGCUUCAUCAUCCCUCUGGAGCACUACAUGGCCAGCCUCAUGCCCCUGCAGAAGAGCAUCACGCCCUGGAAGACUCCCCCCCAGAUCCGGCCCUUCAGCCAGGAUGACUUCCUGCGUAGCCUGGAGCAUGCCGGGCCCCAGCUCACCUGCAUCCUCAAGGGCGACUGGCUGGGUCUCUACAGGCGGUUUUUCAAGUCCCCCCAUUUUGACGGCUGGUACCGGCAGCGGCACAAGGAGAUGGCCCUGAAGCUGGAGGCCCUGCACCUGGAGGCUAUUUGUGAGGCGAACAUCGAGACCUGGAUGAAAGACAAGUCUGAGGUGGAGGUCGUGGACCUGGUCCUGAAACUUCGUGAGAAGCUGGUGCGGGCUCAGGGCCACCAGCUCCCUGUGAAGGAGGCAACGCUGCAGCGGGCCCAGCUGUACAUCGAGACGGUCAUCGGCUCCCUGCCCAAAGACCUGCAGGCUGUCCUGUGCCCUCCCUAGGACAGAGCCAAGGGCCACGGUCCCAGGGCCCUAGGUCCGCCUGAGCCUCCUGCUCCCCAGUGGCGGCAGCACUGGGCCAAGCACACGCUCCCCUUCCUUGGCCCCCCGCCCAGACUGCAGGCUCCACCAUUGUCUCAGCAGUAAAGGCGACAUUUGGAACCACA